AUGUAUAUUUGUAUAAAUCUACAUCAAGUAUAUAGUUUGUCAUUUAGACAAAUUUCUUAAUUGGAAAUUCCUAACUUGUCUAAAAGUGUAAUUUUAGCCAAUGGUACUUUUUUGGAAAUUGAACUUUCCAGGUUAAUUGAAAGUUAAGAAGUAAGCAAUACCCUUUACAUUGGAUUAUAUAAUAAUAAGUCCUAAAAAGCAUAUUUCGAUAUUAUAAUUUUACAGAAGAUAUUAAUAACUAUUUCAUCUACAGAUCAAUUGAUUCAUUUUCGAUUGAUUUUCACUAUAUAUCAAAUGAAUCAUCAGAUUAUGGGGAUAUUGAAAGGAAUAAAAUAAUAAUUAUUACUUUUGGAACUGUUAUAGGGGUUCUAUUGUUAAUUACUUGUGCUCUAAGUGUUUGGAAAACUAAAAAAUUUAUAAGCCAAUAAUAGGCUCUUCGUAUAAGUGGAAUGA